AUGGAUUCUUCCAACCUCAGCGGCAAAUGCAACGGCCAGGGCCAAGGAGCCAACUACGAAAGCUGGACAAAGACUGGCCUCAUACAGCGUCUAAGGGAGCUCGAGUCCGAGCUCAGAUCAUCUUCGGAGCCGGCCAAGGUCGAGGUCAAGGCCCCCGAGCCACGGACGAGCGAGGAGCCGACGGCAAAAACUGCGGCGAAAUCGGCCAGCGGCAAGGCGGCCAAGGCCAAGGCCAAGGGGAAGCGCAAGAUGGACCCUUCAAGAUACGCCUCCCGUCACAUCGCCCUUAAGCUGGCCUACCUCGGCAAAAAUUACGGCGGCUUCGAGUUUCAGGCCAUGGGGAACCUCUCGACCAUCGAGGAGGAGCUCUGGAACGCCCUGACCAAGGCCUGUCUCAUCUUCCCCGACGACGAAAAGGUGGUCCAGUUCGACUGCUGCGAAUACUCCAAGUGUGGCCGGACGGAUCGCGGCGUGAGCGCCUUCGGCCAGGUCAUCGGCCUGCGCGUGCGGAGCAACCGGCCGCUGCCGACGAAGCGACCGAGGCGGGACGAGGCCGAGGUGUCAUCCGUGUCACCCGAUCCUGCUGCGGAACGGCUACCGAACGGGGACGAGGCCGAGUCCGAAGACGGCGAGCGCCGACCGUUUGAUGACGUCAAGGACGAGCUCUGCUACCCUCGCAUCCUCAACCGCCUACUGCCCAACGACAUCCGCGUGCUCGCGUGGUGUCCCUCGCCGCCUGCCGACUUCUCCGCGCGCUUCUCAUGCCGCGAACGGCAGUACCGCUACUUCUUCACGCAGCCAGCCUUUUCGCCCGUUCCGUGCCCUCUGGAGCCGCCGUCCGCGAGCGGCCUCAAGUCGGGAUGGCUGGAUAUCGAAGCCAUGAGGGAUGCCGCCAAACGGUUCGAAGGCGAGCACGACUUCCGCAACGUCUGCAAGGUCGACCCGGCAAAGCAAAUCAUCAACUUCAAGCGGCACAUCUUCGAGUCGGACAUUGUCGAGGUCGAAGACGUCAGCACGGCGCUGCCGUACCUGCAGCAGGCGAGCUUUGGCGCGCCCGCCGUCGGCGACGAGCCCCACCCCAAGGUCUACUACUUUCACGUCAGGGGGUCGGCCUUUCUGUGGCAUCAGAUCCGCCACAUGGUCGCCCUCCUCUUUCUCGUCGGCCAGCGGCUCGAGUCGCCCGAGAUCGUGUCGCGGCUGCUCGACGUGGCCGAGAACCCGCGCAAGCCGAGCUACGUCAUGGCCAACGAGGUGCCCCUCGUCCUCUGGGACUGCCUCUUCCCCGACGACGCGCUGCCGUGGGUCUACGUCGGCGAGGAGCACUGGCCCAACCGGUUCGGCCAGUUCGGCCUCAUGGACGACCUGUGGGAGGUCUGGCGCGGCCGGAAGAUGGACGAGCUGCUCGCCGGCCAGCUGCUGCGCCUCGUCUCCCGGCAAGGGUCGCUACCCGGCAGCGGCGGAGGGCAGCACCGCCCCAAGGCCAACGCCGCCACCCGCGUCUACGAGGGGGCAAACGGCGGACGGCUGGCGGGCAGAUACGUGCCCGUGAUGAACAAGGAGCUGCAGCAGUCGCCCGAGGACCAAAACGACAAGUACGCCAAGCGCAAGGGAUACGCCGACGCCGACGACAUGCGGGCGCAACGGGCCCUCGACAGGCUCAAGGGCGAGCAAGGCGAGCUGGUAGGGUAG